AUGAACUCAUCUAUUAAUGGAUUAAAUAGGCAGGAAACCUAUGAGGAAAUUGUCAGCAAAAUAUUUGUAAGUGUUCUUCUUGGGUGCAUUAUUCUUUGUAUCAAUGGAUCAUUUGUUUUUACUUUCUUUAAAAGCUCAGUUUUCUAUAACAAUCCAAGAUACAUUUUAUACAUACAUUUGGUUAUCAAUGAUAUGAUUAUGGUUGGUGUCUCUGUGGCUCUCCUUGUAAUGGUAUAUACAUGGAGGAAUGUAAGCAUUUCUUCUUGUUGUGUAUUACUAAUCAUAGCUUCAGCCACUCAGAAGAACACACCACUAAACUUGGCAGCCAUGGCAAUAGAGCGUUACAUUGCAAUCUGUAGACCACUGCAUCAUUCUCAAAUCUGUACAGUGCACAGAACAUUUAUUCUUAUUGUUUUAAUAUGGGGUGUUGGACUUAUUCCUCCUCUGACAGACUUGAUUAUUUCCGCCAUCCUUUUUCCUUUGUUUAUUUUCAACACUGUUACAAUCUGCUCAUCAUCAUAUCUGUACAACACUGUUUAUCAUGAUCAAAGAAAGCAAAUAACACAGGCAAUGUACACAUCCUUUGUGUGGAUUGUUCUUAUCUUCACUUAUUGUAAAGUGCUGAUUGCAGCCAGAAAGAUGUCAGGUGACAAAGAACCUACUACAAAAGCCAAGAACACAAUCCUGUUGCAUGGAGUACAGCAAUUGCUUUGUAUGCUGUCCUUUACUCCUCCUGUGUUAGACUUUAUUUUUGUUCGGAUUAUGCCAACUCAAUGGACAAAGAUCAGUUACUAUGCUUACUUGAUAACAAACAUUGUACCACGCCUGCUUAGUCCACUAAUUUAUGGUAUUCGAGAUCAGACAUUUGUCAAACAUUUGAAUAAAAAUUUCUUGUUGAAACUAUUUAUUGUUAAGGUAGAAUCAGACAAAAACACAAUUACAAAAUAA